AUGGCAAGCAAUCACUUCUUCCCUUAUCUACUUCUAUCUCUCUGCAGCCUCUCUCUAUUAUCAGCUGAUGUUUUCGUGAGCAUCGACUGUGGCGCUAAAGCUUCAUACACCGACGAGGUAGGUGUGGUGUGGACGGGCGACUCCUCGUACGUUUCCAACGGUGAAAUCCGUUCCGUUCCAUCCUCCAACUCCUUCUCUCCGGUGAUGGACACAAUGAGAGUGUUCACCACCCGGAAGAAGAACUGCUACAACAUCAACCUCGACGUGGCAAAGAGGAGAGUGUUGGUGCGUGCUCACUUCUUCUACGGGAACUACGAUGGCAAGGACUCACCUCCCUCGUUCGACCUCAGCUUUGACGGGAACGACUGGGCCACCGUGGUCACCUCCAGCACGGACUCUUUGUACUACGAGGUCAUUUACGUGACCAAGAAGGAUUCCAUCAGCAUCUGCGUUGCUCAGACCACUAUCGGCCAGUUCCCCUUUAUAUCGGCCAUUGCUGUCCGCAGUUUGGAGCUGUCUUCGUACGAUCAUAUCGAUUAUAAUCAUCCCUUGUACAUGAGCCGAAGGGUCGCUUUUGGAGCAAAUACAACAAUCAGGUGGCCGGAGGAUCCCUACGACAGGUACUGGUCACCUAAUGUAUAUGAAAACGACACGGUCCGAGUCUCAAACACCGCCCCUUUGGGUGACCCGAUGUUUUUAGAGGAUCGGCCUCCACCUGCUGCGUUAAAGAAUGCGAUUACUGCAUCCACUCCAUCAUCCAGCAUAGAUCUGUACAUGAGAUUCCCUUUCACGCAAGCUCCUGUUUAUGUAAACUGGUACUUCUCCGAGGUUCGUUUGUUGCAACGCAACGAAAUUCGGGCAUUCAGGGUUUUCAAGGAUGACCUGCCUUAUUCACCAACAAUCCUACCUCCUUAUGGUAACUGCACUCAGUUCUGGGUUAGUAAUCUCCUGGCUUCGUCGAACAACACCUUCUCCAUCGUCCCCACCAACUUCUCCACGCUUCCUCCGCUCAUCAAUGCCAUGGAGGUUUUCUACAUUGGAAACGCGCUAACUGAUGGCACCAACACCAAAGAUGUGAAAGGCUUGGCGUCUCUGCAAACUGCGUUUAGCGUGUUAAAAAAUUGGAGCGGCGAUCCUUGUCUUCCUUCGCCGUUUUCAUGGGAUUGGAUUGUCUGCAACAGCAAUCUCGCACCACGAGUCACCACAUUGUCUCUUGUUGGCUACGGUCUGUCUGGGUCGCUACCAGAUUUCAGCUCCAUGGAUGCUCUUAGAAAAAUAGAUCUUAGCAACAACAGUUUACAAGGGCCUAUUCCUGAAUUUCUUGGAACAUUACCAAACCUAGAAAUUUUGAAUCUUGCAAACAACAUGUUCACUGGAGCGAUACCACGCUCAUUAUCGAGGAAAUCGGGCCUAAUUUUAACGGUGGAUGGGAAUCCUGGCCUCUGUAAAACCUGCUCGGGCUCAUCUCCGACGGCCAUGGAUACCUCUUCUGCCGAGAGGAAGCAGAAGAAGGUUCUAGAAACUCUUUUCGCCGCAAUAAUUUCAUCCAUCAUCGUAUUAAAAAGUUGGGGGAGAGUGUGAUGCAGUAGCACAAGAUGUGGAAAUCCUUGUCUGUAACUUCUUUGAUCAAAACUGAAUUUACUAUGUAUUAAAUUUGGACCACAAUAUGGCAUUUCAUGGGAA